AGAGAAAGUGGGAUGUAAGUAAAUCAUUACUCUAAAACUCGAGGAAUAUAUCCACUACCUUUUUAGAACCAAAACAGAUUCAAGCACAUAAAAGUUGAAGCCCCAAGCACAUUAAAAAUAAAAAUAAAAAUAUAUUAGUUUCAACGUUUACCCCUAAUUUCUCCCAAAUUAGGAAUUCCACCCCAAAUACUUUCAUCAUCCCCUUCCUCCACCCCAUGCUUACCCAGAAUGAAGAGCCUAAACCAAAACCACCACCACCGCGGACGAACAAGGUGGUUUGUUAUGUUAUGGCUUAAGUUUUUUGCUUUCAAAUGGCAUGAUUUAGUUGGAAUAGCUUGGAGAAAGAAACAUUCAUGUUGGCUUUGUGGCAUUGGGUCCUAAAAAAAUGAUUUAAUUGGCUAAACUUAUGAUAGAGGUCAAAAGGUGUUUUGUGCUUGGUAGAGGGCUCCAGUUGUUUGAUUAGACUGCAUUUCACAUUAUUAUGAUCACAAACGUCUUACUGGUGCACGGACCUAAGUCAAAAAGCGCGUGGUAAAUAGUAAAAACAAUAAUUUUCAUGAGUUGGUGAGUGAGUGUGCUUCUCAUCUUGAACUGGAGUAUGAGCUACACUGCCAGCAAGAAGGAGAAAGUGGAUAACAAGCAGAGAUUCGUCGACUAAGAACUGAAGUAAACUCAUCAUGACUGGACUUGGUUGCUUGGUGGCUUCUUCCUCAUCUGCUCCGAAAUCAAAGCAUGAUGUUUUUCUCAGCUUUAGAGGAGCAGAUACACGCUGCACAUUUACAAGCCAUCUCUAUGCUGCAUUGUGUCGGAAUCAAAUCCAGACGUUCAUUGACGACAAGGAAAUUAACAGAGGAGACACACUGUCACCGACACUCCUUUCAGCUAUUGAAACCUCAAAGAUUGCAAUAACAAUCUUCUCUCAGAAUUAUGCUUCUUCUAAGUGGUGUUUGGAUGAACUCCAGAAGAUUAUUGAAUGUAAGGAGAGGAAACAACUUGUUGUGAUACCUGUUUUCUAUCACAUUGAUCCAUCAGAUGUGAGACACCAGAGGGGAAGUUAUGAAGAUGCAUUUACCAAACAUGAGGAGCAUUUCAGGGACAAUCUAAUCAAGGUAAAUAAGUGGAGAACUGCUCUGCGUACAGCAGCCAACUCAGCAGGAUGGGAUUCCUCAAAUACCAGACUGGAGUCCGAACUAGUUGAAAAUAUUGUUGAAGAUAUAUUACAGAAGUUGGGUCGUAUGAGCCCACAUGUUUCAGAGGGGCUUGUUGGAAUUGCUAGACACAUUGCAUGCGUGGAAUCAUUGUUGUGUUCAGGGUCAACUGAUGUACGUAUUGUUGGAAUAUGGGGUAUGGGUGGCGUAGGUAAGACAACCAUUGCAGAUGCUCUGUGUGCAAAACUCUCUUCUCAAUACCAGGGAUGCUACUCCGUUGCCAAUGUGAGGGAAGAAUGGAAAAACCAUGGAGAAGUUAAUUUACGGAAUAAACUUCUGUCUGGAAUAUUGGGGAUCCAAAAUUUACAUGUUAGCAACCCUACUAUGAGUUCCACGUUUAUUGUAGAAAGGCUUCAACACAAAAAGGUCCUUGUUGUUCUUGAUGAUGUGAGCGAUUCAAAACAAAUAGAAUAUCUUGUUGGAGAGAAAUAUUGGUUUGGACCUGGGAGUAGAAUCAUAGUGACAACCAGAUAUAAAGAUGUGUUUGACCAAGGGGUUGGAGUAUACCAGGUGAUGGAAAUGAAUUUUGAUGAAGCACUAAAGCUUUUUAGCUUGAAUGCAUUUCAACAAGACCAUCCAACGAGGGAAUACAUACACUUGUCAGAGAGGGCAGUAGAAUAUGCCAAGGGCAUUCCUUUAGCUCUUAAAAUUCUCGGUUCAUAUCUUCGUUCUAAACGACCUGAAGAAUGGGAAAGUGCUUUGGAAAAACUGAAGAAAAUUCCCAAAGCUGAAAUUUAUGAUGCGUUAAGAUUGAGUUAUGACGGUUUAGACCAUGAAGAGCAGGAUAUAUUCUUAGAUAUUGCAUGCUGUUUGAAAGGAGAGACAAAAAGCCGGAUCACAAGAGUAUUGGAUGGAUGUGGCUUUUAUACAGAUAUUGGGAUGAGAAGCCUUCAAGAUAAGUCUCUUAUAACUGUUUCUAAAGACAACACCGUACAAAUGCAUGAUUUGAUACAAGAAAUGGGUUGGCAAAUUGUUCGUGAAGAAUCUAUGAAGCAGCCUGGAAAACGAAGUCGGUUGUGGGAUCCUAAAGAAAUUUAUGAUGUUCUCAAGAAUAACAGGGGAACUGACAAUAUUGAAAGUAUAGCGUUGGACACAUCUCAAAUCAAAGAAGUGACAAUAAGCCCUCAAGCUUUUCACAGAAUGUACAAGCUAAGGCUUUUGAAUUUUCAUAUGCCCUCAUGGGAAAAGAGAAGCAAUGUGCUUAUUUCUAGAGGUCUUGAAUGUAUGCCUGAUGAAUUAACUUACCUCCGAUGGGACUGCUUUCCAUUGAAAUCCCUGCCACCAUCGUUUUGUGCAGAGAAGCUUGUUGAACUUAAUCUAAAACAUAGCCUCGUUGAAGAACUUUGGGAUGGAGUGCAGGAUCUUGCGAAUUUGAAGUCAUUAUACCUUAGUGGUUGCAACCGCUUGAUUGAGCUCCCAGAUUUCUCUAUGGCCCAAAAACUUGAAGAAGUACAUCUUGAUGACUGUACAAGUUUGUUGAAGGUUCCUUCAUCCAUUUUGUCACUUGAUAAUCUGUUUGCACUCAACCUGAGAGGCUGUAAACAGCUUCGUUACAUUCAAAGUGAGAAGCAAUCUAGAUCUCUUCAAUGGUUUACUCUGAGAGGGUGCUCAAGACUUGUAAAGUACGCAUUUUGUUCAGAAAAACUGAAGUACCUGAGUUUAGAUGGCACGGGAAUUGAAGAACUGCCUUCAUUAGUUGGACAGGUCAAGGACUCCUCAAGCAUCUCUCAUGAUCAUUGUGAAAGACUUCAAAAUCUUCCAAAUACCAUCUAUGAGAUUGGUUUAGAUUCUUCCACUCAGCUUCUUGACUGCCCAAAACUUGAGAAAUUACCUCCAACAUUUGACUCCUCAUUUUCCAUGACAACUCUUUAUCUCGAUAAUUGCUCAAAUCUGUCACGACUCCCUGACAACCUUGGCAUCUUUUCUACACUAAAUAAACUUUCAUUAAGAGGAAGCAAUAUUGAGAACUUGCCCAACAGCAUAAAACAUCUUUCACAGCUGAGGGCCCUAAAUUUAAGCAACUCGAGGAGGCUUCGCUCCUUGCCAGAGCUCCCAUUUUUGCUACAAGACUUGAAUGCAAGUAAUUGUGUCUCCCUAGAAACAGUAUCAAAUUUAGGGAUCACAGUGUUGAGAGAUUCCUUUGGCAGAUUGAAGAAGUUCUCUUUGCUUAGACAGAUUCAAGAAGAAGAAAAGAUGUCCAUUCGUCAAGGUAAUUACUUGGGAAGAUUUGAGUUUUAUAACUGCAUAAACUUGGGCCUGAUUGCACGCAAGACUCUUAUGGAGGAAGCGCUCAUUAGAAUUCAGCUAGCCGCUUACCUGUCGUCAAUGAUUGAAGAGUGUUGGGAUCCUUAUUGUCAAACUGAUGAACUUUCUAAGGUCGUUACCCCUGAAGAUGUUCAAUAUAUUUCUCGUCCAGUUUAUACUAAUUUUCCUGGAAAUGAAGUGCCAGAUUGGUUUAUGCAUAAAGGAACUGACAACUCAAUCAUAACCUUUAAACUUUCUGCAUGGUGGCAUCGUUAUUUCAAUUUCUUGGGCUUUGGUUUCUGCCUUGUAUUAGGACCAUCUUGCUCAAAUAGGGAGAAAAAACAUCAUAUUGGAUUCGUGGCAGGGUGUAGAUGCUACUUUGGUGGCAAAUUUGCUGGAACUUCCAUUAUAAAGUCUUCUUGCAGUGAUGCUAAAUCAGAUCAGGUGUGGCUUUGGUACGACAGAUUGCUAACAGAAGAAAAAACACGCAAAAUCAAUCGACAUGGUGUGGAGGUCUCCUUUGAUUUUUUUGUUAGGCCUCAUAGUUUAGGCGUUGUGAAACAGUGUGGGAUUCGACCGUUGUAUGCUCCGUUUCGUUGGGAUUUAAAUUCCGAUUUGGGUCAUAUGAUCCCACAUCAUGUUCAAGAGGGGCUUGUUGGAAUUUCUCGACACAUUGCACACGUGGAAUCAUUGUUGUGUGCUGCGUCAACUGAUGAUGUCUGUAUUGUUGGAAUUUGGGGUAUGAGUGGCAUAGGUAAGACAACCAUUUCACAUGCUUUAUGUGCAAAACUCUCUUCCCAAUAUGAGGGAUGCUACAUCAUUGCCGAUGUGAAGGAAGGAUGGGAAGAUCAUGCUAUGAGUUCCACUUUUAUUGUGGAAAGGCUUCAAGGGAAAAAGCUCCUCGUUGUUCUUGAUGAUGUGACUGAUUCAAAACAAAUAGAAUAUCUUGUAGGUGGGAAAUAUUGGUUUGGACCUGGCAGUAGAAUCAUAGUGACAACCAGAUAUAAAGAUGUGUUUGACCAAGGGGUUGGAGUAUACCAGGUGAUGGAAAUGAAUUUUGAUGAAGCACUAAAGCUUUUUAGCUUGAAUGCAUUUCAACAAGACCAUCCAACGAGGGAAUACGUACACUUGUCAGAGAGGGCAGUAGAAUAUGCCAAGGGCAUUCCUUUAGCUCUUAAAAUUCUCGGUUCAUAUCUUCAUUCUAAACGACCUGAAGAAUGGGAAAGUGCUUUGGAAAAACUGUAGAAAAUUCCCAAAGCUAAAAUUUAUAAUGCGUUAAGAUUGAGUUAUGAUGGUUUAGACCAUGAAGAGCAGGCUAUAUUCUUAUAUAUUGCAUGCUGUUUGAAAGGAGAGACAAAAUGCCAGAUCAAAGAUAUCUACGAUUUGUUGCCAUACGGGCAAAAAUAUUCCACCCAUUCUACAGAUAUUAUGAUAAGAAGCCUUCAGGGUAAGUCUCUUAUAACAGUUUCUGAAGAUCACACUAUCCAGAUGCAUGAUUUGAUAAAAGAAAUGGAUUGGCGAAUAAUGGACUAAUGGAGUAUUAAAAUCUACAUGCUAUUUGGAUGCGAUGCUACUCUUGGUUGGGUUCCCCUCGAGUGUGCUUCUCAUCUAUUGCACCAUGAGCUUUGGGGGAGGAAUAAAAAUCAAAGAUUGCGGUGGAGAGCUAUUUGGCUUGAUUGCAUUUGGAGUAUUUGGCUGCAUAAAAAUGAUGUUGUUUUCAAGGAAGAGCAGGUUGACUUCUGUCAGAUUUUUCCAUAAACAAGCUGCUGGAGUUAUGAUUUCUCUAUCUUGUGACUUUGUCUGAGACAUCAGUUGUGCCUGUGAAAGAAUCUCUUGAUGAAGGAAUUUAUGAAUUUAAUUCAUGCAAUCCCUGGCAAGAGACUUUGUUGCUAGGCCUUUGAAGAUCUUGGUGAUGAGUCAUUAACUAAUAAAGGAGGGACAUCCCUGCAACUUUAAGUCCAAAGCUAUUCCAGAAAGAAUAGUAGAUAACUCCAUAGUUUGCAAAAUUCAUUACAAUGCUAUGUAUUUUCACAUUGAUACUUUCCAUGAUCAAUAUGAAAUAAAAACUAUUCAAGCUACUCUACUCCUGAAAGAAAGAAUUAGGCAGUAAAGUUGCUGCAAUGGUUGAUAAGUGAUAACUCAGCAAAAGGCAUAAGACUGAGAAGGAAAAUAGUAAUGAGAACAUAAAACCUGGUAGAAGGGCUAUUUCUAGUAUAAGCUCAUCUUUUUUGUUAUAUGUUUUUCUGCUGGAAACCUGUAUUUAAUUUCAACUCUUGUUUCUUCUUCAUAAUUGUUUUCUCAUAUUCAUUGUAUUUACGUUGAACUAAUGCGUU